AUGGUGAUCUCGGUCGGAGGGAGAGGCGUGGUGACGGCAUCGUCCUGCAGUGAUGGCAACUGCCGGUCCACCGAUAGGGCAGAAAGCUGUUGCUGGGCGAUGGUGCGCGCUUCCGCUCUCGUGCGUCCUCGGAUCCGCGGAUCUCCCCCCUCGCCUAGCAGUCUCGAAGCAUGGGGCGUGAGAGGUGAGUACCAUGGUGCGGUCGGCGACUGUGUGGUCCACCGGUCUUGGUGCGGUUGCGGCGGGGAGUGCUCAGCCUCUAUGGAUGAGGAAGACCAGUCUAGGAGCGGCGGCGACAACGACAGCGGCGCAGACCCCGGAGGUGGCGGCGGCAGCGACGGUCCGGCGGCGGUAGCAGCAGCGGGCGGCGGUGGAACGGCGGAUGUCGAUGACGCGGGCGGCCUCGGGAGCGGCGGAGCGGCAGCACAAGAAGAAGGCGCGGGACACAACGGGGGCCACAACGCGGGCCCCGAAGGCGGCGGCGGCGGCGACGGUCCGGCGGCGGUAGCAGCAGCGGGCGGCGGUGGAACGGCGGAUGUCGAUGACGCGGGCGGCCUCGGGAGCGGCGGAGCGGCAGCACAAGAAGAAGGCGCGGGACACAACGGGGGCCACAACGCGGGCCCCGAAGGCGGCGGCGGCGGCGACGCACCUGGCGAGGGCGCGGGCCACAACGCGGGCCUCGAAGGCGGCGACGACAGCGACGGUCUGGCGGUGGCAGCAUCAGCGGGCGGCGGUGAAAAAGCGGAUAUCGAUGACGCCGGCGGCCUCGGGAGGUCCGGACCGGCAGCACCUGGCGAAAGCGCGGCCCACAACGCGGUGCCCGAAGGUGGCGGCGACAGCGACGGUCUGGCGGUGGCAGCAUCAGCGGGCGGCGGUGGAAAAGCGGAUAUCGAUGACGCCGGCGGCCUCGGGAGCUCCGGACCGGCAGCACCUGGCGAAGAGGCGGGCCACAACGCGGUCCCCGAAGGCGGCGGCGACAGCGACGGUCUGGCGGUGGCAGCAUCAGCGGGCGGCGGUGGAAAAGCGGAUAUCGAUGACGCCGGCGGCCUCGGGAGCUCCGGACCGGCAGCACCUGGCGAAGAGGCGGGCCACAACGCGGUCCCCGAAGGCGGCGGCGACAGCGACGGUCUGGCGGUGGUAGCAUCAGCGGGCGGCGGUGGAACGGCGGAUGUCGAUGGCGCGGGCGGCCUCGGGACCGGCGGAGCGGCAGCACCAGGUGAACGUGCCGGCCACAACGCAGGCUCCGAAGGCUGCGGCGGCAGCGAUGGUCCCGCGGCGGUAACAGCAGCAGGCGGACGUAAGACGGCCAAUGUCGAUGGCGCGGGCGGCCUCGGGAGCGGCGGCGCGGCAGCACCAGGUGAAGGUGCGGGCCACAACGCGGGCCCCGACGGCGGCGGCGGCGGCGACGACGGUUCGGCGGCUGCAGCACCAGCGGGUGGCCGUGAGACGGCUGAUGUCGAUGACGCGGGCGGCCUCGGGAGCGGCGGCGCGGCAGCACCAGGUGAAGGUGCGGGCCACAACGCGGGCUCCGAAGUCGGCGGCGGCAGCGAUGGUUCGGCGGCGGCAGCAGCAGCUUGCGGCCGUGAGACGGCGGAUGCCGAUGACGCGGGCUGCCUCUGGAGCGGCUGCGCGGCAACACCUGGCGAAGGUGCGGGCCACAACGCGGUCCCCGAAGGCGGCGGCGGCAGCGACGGUCCCGUAGUGGCAGCAUCAGCGGGCGGCGGUGGAACGGCGGAUGUCGAUGGCGCGGGCGGCCUCGGGAGCGGCGGAGUGUCAGCACAUAGAGAAUGCGCGGGCCACAACGCAGGCCCCGAGGGCGGCGGCGGCGGCAGCGAUGGUCCGGCGGCUGUAGCAGCAGGGGGUGGCCGUGAGACGGCGGAUGUCGAUGGCGCGGGCGGCCUCGGGAGCGGCGGAGCGGCAGCACCAGGCGAAGGUGCGGGCCACAACGCGGGCCCCGACGGCGGCGGCGGCGGCGACGACGGUCCGACGGCUGCAGCACCAGCGGGUGGCCGUGAGACGGCGGAUGUCGAUGGCGCGGGCGGCCUCGGGAGCGGCGGAGCGGCAGCACCAGGCGAAGGUGCGGGCCACAACGCGGGCCCCGAGGGCGGCGGCGGCGGCAGCGAUGGUCCGGCGGCUGUAGCAGCAGGGGGUGGCCGUGAGACGGCGGAUGUCGAUGACGUGGGCGGCCUCGUGAGCGGCGGAGCGGCAGCACCAGGUGAAGGUGCGGGCCACAACGCGGGCCCCGAAGGCGGCGGCGGCAGCGACGGUCCGGCGGCGGUAGCAGCAGCGUGCGGCGGUGGAACGGCGGAUGUCGAUGGCGCGGGCGGCCUCGGGAGCGGCGGAGCGGCAGCACCAGGCGAAGGCGCGGGCCACAACGCGGGCCCCGGAGGCGGCGGCGACGGCGACGGUCCGGCGGCGGCAGCGGCAGCGGGCGGCGGUGGAGCGACGGAUGUCGAUGGCGCGGGCGGCCUCGGGAGCGGCGGAGCGGCAGCACCAGGCGAAGGUGCGGGCAACAACGCAAGCUCCGAAGGCGGCGGCGGCAGCGAUGGUCCGGCGGCGGUCGGAGCAGUGUGCGGCGGUGAGACGGCGGAUGUCGAUGGCGCGGGCUGCCUCGGGAGCGGGGGAGCGGCAGCACCAGGCGAAGGCGCGGGUCACAACGCGGGCCCCGAAGGCGGCGGCGCGAGCGACGGUCCGGCGGCGGUAGCAGCAGCGGGCAGCCGUGAGACGGCCGAUGUCGAUGACGCCGGCGGCCUCGGGAGCGGCGGAGCGGCAGCACAAGGUGAAGGUGCGGGCCACAACGCAAGCUCCGAAGGCGGCGGCGGCAGCGAUGGUCCGGCGGCGGUAGCAGCAGCGUGCGGCCUUGAGACGGCGGAUAUCGAUGGCGCGGGCUGCCUCGGGAGCUCCGGACCGGCAGCACCUGGUGAAGGCGCGGGCCACAACGCGGUGCCCGACGGCGGCGGCGACAGCGACGGUCCGGUGGCGGCACCAUCAAAUGGCGGCGGUGGAAAAGCGGAUAUCGAUGGCGCGGGCGGCCUCGGGAGCGGCGGAGCGGCAGCACAAUGA